AUGUAUGCUGUCUUUGAAAGAAUUGAUGAUAAAGACAUACCAAAUAAAAAACAUGUGACAGUUACUCGAUUUCAAGCUCCACCAGAUGUCAGUUCCAAUGCAACAUCAAUCCAUCGACCGUUAACUACUACGCAUGAAAUAAAGGAAUCGAACUCUACUUUCGAAUAUUCAUAUGAUGAUAAUGAUACAAAAAUUAUUGGUGAACAUAUUCUUUUUAUUUACUUUGAGCUUCAUACUUCAUUAAAUCGUGAUUUUAUUGGUCCACUUCGAGCAAUCAAUGAUUAUAUUCAAAUAUAUGUAGAUUCUGUAUUUUGUUUAAAUUUUUUAGAAUCUUCAAAUGAAAUAAUAUUUUUUAUUUCUUCAACGAGUGAUAAACAAUUAAUUAAAGAAGUUCAUGAUUGUAAUGCUGUCGAAGCUAUAUUUAUAUUAAAUUCAAAUUUAAAAAUAGACAAAAAUAGAUUUCCAAAGUUAUUUGGCGUAUAUGUACAUCCAGAAGAGCUUCUUAAAUCGAUAAGAUUUGCACAUGAAUGGUUUGAACAGACACAAAUGAAUUUCUUUUCAUUUGAAUACGAGAAAAUAUUUCUCUGGUCACAAUUAUGGAAAGAAGAAUUUAUAAAAUCAACAAAUUCAAGUGCCUCAUCGGAUAAAGAAAAACUUGUUAAAGCGGCUGAAAAAUAUUAUAGCGGAAAUACAAAAUUAUUAGAUUCUCUCGAUAAUUUUGAUUGUUGUUAUGAUAAGAAUGAUGCUUUACAAUGGUGUUUUUCUUCUCCAUUUCCAUCGCGUUUUCUUCAUCAUGCACUUAGUACUCGUAACACAAAAUAUAUUGAUCUUUGCCGUUUUCUUAUUAAUGAUGUAUCUCAUGUUUUAAAACAACCAAAUGAUCUUAAAUCGAAUAAUCAAAUUUUCAGAGGUAUAAAAAUGACAAAUGAACUUCUUGAAAAAUUAACAAAUCACACUGGCAAACUUAUAUGUCCAAAAGGAUUUUUCACUUGUACUACAUCUCGAGUAGCAGCUUUGGAACUUGCUCGAUCACCAGAUUAUCGUCCCGAUCUUAAACCUGUUCUAUUUAAAAUUUAUUAUAAUUCAUCAGUUCCCAUUGGUGAAUUACCUGCAAAAGACAUGUCGACAUUGAUCGUAUUCGAUGUUUAUAUGGCUUUUCGAGUAAAAUGGGUCAGUCGUGGUCCAGUAUCAAUUGUAGACUUAGAACCUGCAGAUCAAGACGGACGAAAUCUAGCACGAGAAUACAGACAAAAAUUUAAAUCAUCACAGUUACAAAGUUUACUUGAUCAACUUUCAGUUUUUCCGAAGCCUCCUCCACGAUUGCCACCAAUUAAACGAGCACCAAUACCGCCAACAAAUCAAAUGCCUAAAAUAUCACCAAAAAAAGUCAGUCCACAUGUUCCUGAUAAAGUCGAGAUACAAGCUGAAAAGAUGGUACAACGUGGUCAAGUUGAUCAAGCCAUAGCUAUAUAUAAAAAUACGACAAACCAGUCGCCUCAUGUUCUAAAUAAUAUUGGUAAAUUAUAUGCUGAGAAAAAGGGAGAUUAUGAAUCGGCAGCAAGGUUUUAUAACCAAGCACUGAAAAUUCAAGAAGAGAAAGGAGAAGAUGUUACCGAAACAUUAACUCGAAUUGGCAUUGCUCAUCAUGAUCGUAACGAUUAUGGCAAAGCUUUACACUAUCAUUCUCAGGCACUGAAGUUACGACAAAACACUAAUCAAACAUCAACGGCCACCAAUCUUAUUGGAAUAGCAAAUGCUCAUUGGGGACAAGAAAAUUUACCUGAAGCAUUGCGUAAUGCGAAAGAAGCGUUAAAAUUGAAUGAAUCUGUUGAAUCUGGAAAUGAUUUGAAUUUAGCUAUGAAUUUAGCCGUACUGGCUAAUAUAUACCAUAAAGCUGGCUAUGAUGUUAAAGCUCUGGAAUUUGCUCAACAAGCAAUGUCUAUUCUUGAACGUUAUAAAAAAGCAGAUUCACUUUUUUUAGCAUCAAUACUUAACAAUUUAGGAGCAAUUCAAGUGGGAUUAGGAUCAUUUUCGGAUGCUCAAAUUAAUCUUAAUAGAGCACUGAAAAUUUGUAAAAAAAUUCUUCCAGAAGGACAUCCAAAACGUGUUACAAUGGAAAGAAAUAUUAAACGCAUGAAAGAAAUAAUGAAAGACACUAAAACUACUGAUAAUAAGAAUCCUAAAGGAUCUUAA